AUGAGUGAGAGCUGUAAAAAUUUGGUCUAUUUUAUACUGGAGCAGCUUAUGAAAGAUCUUGAAGAGAAGGAGCGCGUUUUUGAGACGUAUAAAGUAGCCAGUGGUUCAAAUCUUCAAUUUAGAACCAAAUCAAUCAUGGAUUUUAUUGAAUUUGAAAUGCAUCGGGUGAUUAGGGUUCCUUUGCAUCAGAUCUAUGCUGUUGACUCAGCUCUCUGCGAACUUGUAUGCAAUGCAUUUUUUGCCAGGACCAAAUGUUGGAAACGUGAAGAUUUCAGCAACAAAUCCGUUCAGGGUUACGAUAUUGACUUAUGGCCAAAAUGCAAGUACCACUUCUAUGCCGGCAUGCUAUGCAUGUAUGCUUGUGUGGUAAUGGAAGAAUUAUUUGAAGGAGUUCACGAUGACAACAUGGCGAAAAUUUACCAGGAAAACAGAAGCAUUUUCGAGCAACGCUGCAUCAGUUUGUUAAACGACGUUUUCCGCGAGAAUGCAACCAUUGCUUUAAACGUACUCGAAAUUGAUUAUGAGCAAAUUUUCAAGAUAGGCGAAGAGAAAUUCCACGAACAUUUUCAAAAGUCAGAGCUGCUCUGCACACGCCAUCUACUUGCAAAGACAUGCUGGGGAGGAUGUUGUCGAGUUAGGACUAACUGGAAUGCACGGACAGAAGAAGCUUCGAUCGAGCUGAUGGCUAUUGCCUAUCGAGCGAAAGCAAUGACGCGGACGCUUAUCAGUUACCUUUUCCCGGGCUUUAUUUACAUGGAGUUCGCCUUAAGAAAAGCGAGAGGGCCCAAAGUCAAGAAGAGUAUUCCUGUGGAAGAAACUGAAAAAAUUACCGUGGAGGACGACGGACACACAGAGUAUGCCAAAAAAUGGCUCCCAAAUGCUAAUCAACCAGCACCCCCGAUGAUCAUUGAUCACGAUGAUGAGUCGCUGACUGCAUUUGGUGCUUCAACGCCAGGAUCUCUAGAGUUGAAUUAUCUAAUGGAAAAGUGUAUAGAUGACGUCUCGCCUGCAAACGCAAAGGGCGCAAAAUAUGUAAUGAGAUGUGCACCAAGAUUUCCUGUUAGAGAAGACGAUCUUGCUGCAAUCCGACAUACUUCCUCUCCUACGCCCAUAGUCAUGGAAAGAAUAGAUCAGUCGACAGUAAUACCUAAAGAGGAGUCGGCAGAGGAAAAUGAUGCAAUGCAAUUGAGGCCCACAGAUUUUUCGCGUGGUUUAUGUAUUGUUGUACAGCUGGAUUCUACUUGCCAAACCACGGCAAAGAUCUCCAAAACCAUGCUUAUCGAUUUAUUGGCCAGAGCUGAUUGUGGCACUUGUUCAAUUAUCGCAACUAUGUGA